AUGGGAAUCUCCAUUGUAAAGUUCAGCGUAGAUUCACAAUAUGUGAUUACAGUGUCGGUUGCAGAUACCAACGGUGAACAGACGAUUGACGUGUGGGAAUGGACAUCGGGCAAAGAAGAAUCGGCUUGUUCAACAAAACUCGACAACAGUAUUGAUACAAUCGUGCAUCUAGCAUGUUGCUACGAUAAUACAAACUUCUACUGUCUGACUACUGAAAAGCUUGUAUUUUUUAUGACUCUGGAAAGAAUGGAUAAAAAUAUUAAAAAAAAAAAAAAAGCUCCAACAACAAAUUUAGACAAUGUGAAUAAAAUAAUAAUCAAUGUUCCGACCCAAGAUGCAAUACAGAAAAAAUAUAUUAAUACACAGUCGGCGUAUUUAACAAACACCCGUCAAGUUGUAUCAGCUACUACAAAAGGUUGGGUAACUGUAUGGGAUGAUAACAAUUAUAAUGCUUCGACAGUUAAAGAUGAACCGAUAACGAACAACAAGCAAUAUUUAAAACGCGUCAAAUUGGAUGAGCAUUCUAUUACUACUAUAAUUUGUAUCCAAACGUAUUUACUACUAUUAUAAUGUUUGAUUAUUUUUUAUAUUAAUAUACGUUUUUCCAGUCAUAUAAUAACAGGCAAUACGAACGGUGAUGUUAUCUUUUACGAUAAAUCAUUGCGUGUACUGUACCAUUUGAACGUGUUUGUUGGCGAUCCCAUUACUUCCAUUUCAAUGCUUAACAAUAAAAUGUAUAUAGAAAAUGGUAUUAAAAUUAAUUGGCAUUAUAACAUAUUAUUAUGAUAAUAUGUUAACUGAAUAUUAUAUUAGAAUACCUAUACUGUUAACCUACAGGGAGAGGAAAUUCGAGUACGCACGAAAAAACAGAAAAAGACUUAGUAGAUAAAACCCUGCUCGUUGACGACUUUGUGCUUGAGUGCGACAGCAGCCCCGAAAUCGGUGCCGAUUUCUCCACCGGCCAAGAUUUUAAAUCCAGUC